AUGGAAAAAUCACUAUUCUCUUAUGUUAUUCAUAAUAUUGUAUUGAAACAACUGAUAUUCUAUUAUAUUAGUUAUAUUCACAGAGCAAAAGAUAUAAAAGCUGAGAAAUGGGAUGUUUAUAGUAAAAGUAAAAAUAAUUUGGUAUAUCAUGGUUAUACGGAUUUAUUAAAGAAAUCAUUGAAACAAACAGAGAUAUCAAGCAAAGAAAAGAAGUUAUCACAAUUGGCUGCUUUAAGAGGUCACUUGGAUAUUGUUAAACUAUUUCAAAGACGUGGAGAUCUAAGUGGUAAUGAAGUUAAUAUCUGUGUCAACAGUGGCAAUCUAGAGUUGUUCAAGUAUCUAGCGGAUGAAGUACAUCAAACGGUAACCGUCGAUGCAAUGGACAAUUGCGCAAGACUUGGCGAUCUAAAAAUGUUGAAAUGGUUUCAUGAGAAUAGGAGUGAAGGUUGUAGUUAUAAGGCAAUCGACUACUCGGCCAUAAACAACAAUACUGAGAUUGUUCAAUGGUUGUACGAGAAUAGAACGGAAGGCUGUUCACACGUUGCUUUUGAUUGGGCAGCUAGAAAUGGUAAUAUUCCGAUGUUACAAAUGCUUUUGGUCAAGAAUAACAAUGUACAUAACUUUACGACCAAAGCAAUUGAUUUGGCCGCCGAACAAGGACAACUUGAAGUUCUCGAAUACCUGAGAGUGAACUUCCCCGAUUUGAAAUGUACUACCGAUGCAGUCGAUAAUGCUGCUGCCAAUGGUCAUUUGGAAGUGAUUAAACAUCUGCUGACACACAGGAGAGAAGGUGGAUCCAAUAUGGCAAUGCACUGUGCAGCUGUUUCCGGACAUUUGGAUAUUGUUAGGUAUCUCCACGAGAAUAGCACUGUGGGCUGUCUUUCCUCGACUAUUAGCUUGGCAAUAAGACGCAGCCAACAGGAAGUCGUUAGAUUCCUACUGGACAAUAGAGGUGAACGUGACCAUUCAGAGUUGACAUCUGCCUGUGUCAUGGGUGAUAUGAGCACCGCACAGCUGCUGAUCGAACACUACCGCUACGUACCAAAUAUAAUUACUUUGGAGCUUACUAUCGACGCUGGAAAGAUGGAUACCUUUCUCUAUGCGUAUAGUAGGAUAGUGGUUGAUCCGGUGAGAGUUGCAAUGCGGCUGGUAUUCAGUGGACAUGGCGAGAUGUUCAAAUACUAUCUUGAUCAUCUCGAUUUGUUCGGCGGUUUCGAUAUUCGAAGUUACAAAGUAACAAACUAUGAAUCGGUUGGACCUCUAGAAAAUUAUAUCAAUGAAAAAAGUAAAAAGAGAAUGUUAUCCUAUCAUUUCUAUAUCACAACUAUUUAUAUAAAUAAUUAUCUUAAAUCAUUGGACCUACCUGAAUCAUCAUCUCCUUCACCAUCUAAAAAUACAAAGAAAACAACAAUAUCAAGGAGAAGUUCAAAGAAAAAUAGAGAAAUAAAAUAG